AGCUUACAAUCCUUCUUCGGUGCUUAGCACUUCCUCAGAACUGGGGAAGGAUGACCGGAACUGAAUCAUUAACUCUGGUUUCUCUUCACAGAUGCUGCCAGACCUGCUGAGCUUUUCCACCAACUUCUGUCUCUGUUCCCGAUUUAGGGCAUCCGCAGUUCGUUCGGUUUUCAAAAAGUAACUACACGGCUAUCUGAAAAGAGAGAAUGUUCAGGGCUACAAGGCCAGAGAAGGUUUCAGUGAUUUGUUCAUGUGGAGAUCUGCUAAUGCUGAAUGGCCUCCUCUGUGCUGCAACAAUUCUGUGAAAAAAAACUAACUGUAAUACCGCCUAUUAACCCCUUACAAAAUCUAAUUCAUCCGAGCUGCUUUCUAAGCAUGUGCUAGAAAGGGUAAGGCCAAAUGAUGGUGUGUCUUGGGAACGAUGAUUCCUUUCCAUCAAUAUUGUUUCAUGCCCUGAGAAUUUAUCAUAGUGUAUGACCGUUAGCCAGUUUAAAAAAGAAUUGGUUUUACCUUGUGGCAAUUUAAAUGGAAUACAUAACGGAAAAUACAGGGUUGCCUGGGGGUCUCAAGACUGGCUAUCGCCACAUGCUGUCUCCUCACUUUGCCAUCUCCAUUCAUCGCGCCGUCGGCCCUUUAAAUUCAAAAUUUGUAAAGCUGCUAUUGAGGUCUCCCUCCGAUUUAUUACCUUUUUCAACGCCUAAAGAUAUGCUAACUCUGUUGCUUCUGCUGCGCCGAAACAGCCCAAUUCAAUGACAUUUUUAGCCGCUAGAUGGUGUUGAGUUGGUUGUUUUGUAGGAGCCAAAAUGUUGGACUUUGGUUGUGAAACAUCAGCUUUGCAUGUCGGCUGAAGAAAAAUGUCCUUUCACUAACUUAUUUGUGCGUUUUAAAUUGUAACCACUCGUACAUUUAUUUAAAAAGAAACAUAAACAUACACAAAGCUGUUUUUAAAUGCACUAAAAAUAUUCAUACCCUACAUGUUCAACUCUAUUUCGUCCAGGCUCGUCAAUAACGUGAUUAAUUGAUCCAUUUCAAGCUAACGCAUUUAACCCGCGGCAUUAAAUCUAUCUAAAUAGAAAUGAUACAUGCCAGUGAAAUCUGUACCACUCUUGACCGUAUCCGUCAUUAUUCCUCUAAUGCAAAGGUAACGCUCAGGCUUACAUUGCAGUUUCUGCCGCCAGUUUUAAAAUUGUACAAAAUUUCACCAUUACUUCGAAAGAUUUUGCCUUUAUAAGUUUCAAUUAAAAAAUCCCUCUGCUCAAUCAUCAUGACAAAGCAAUAUCGGAGGUGCUGACGUUAUUUAAAAUCGGUGAGUAUUCCGGUAAUGACUUUGCAGAUUCUUCAGGAAACGGUUGGUCCUGAUUGGAAAUCAACUCGAGAAUUUGGGUCGGGGUAGUUUCAUUGCAAUCCAAAUUCUUAUUUAAACGGGAACUCUUUUGGAUUAGAGGAAAGACUGCAUUUGUAUAAAGACAGAAAUAUAAACGUGUAAGUUAAAUAUCAUAUUUUUUAUCUCUCUCUCUUUUCCCGCCAACCCUGAGCUCUUCUCUUUCUGCUUUCAUCUGUCUGUUUCCGCGCAAACACCGUCCCGGCGGGAGGGAGCGAAAUCGAAAUUCCCGCGAAGGGUGACGCGGCCGCCGAUUGGCCGAUGGUGACGUAACGUCACAAAGAGGGGCGGAUCUCGCCGCUGCCGAUUGGACGUCCGGAUUCCGCGCCAAAUUCCGAACAGGAUUUGAGGAGAAAGCCGGCGCGCGCUUCAGAUAGUAGCUGAUUGUCUCCAAGGUGAUCGGUGUAGGUAUCCAGUAAGCAAGUGGGCUCAGUGAGGUUGCAAUUGUUGCUUAAAAGUCGUAUUCUUGUUAUUCUUUUGUUUUAUUUCUGUUGUUGAGGAUUCCUUUUCUCCCUUCCACUUAAUCUAGUAGAGAACUCGUGAGUGUCUUUUUUUUCCCUUUGGGCUUGCCCCAAAAAAAAUAAUUUUUUAUCCUCUGAGCCACCCGAUUACCCAAGAGAAAGAUGUCAGUCCGCACUCCCCUCGCUACCAAGAAUGAGAAUGUCGUCUCUACACAAAUGAGCAAAGUCUGCUUGAAGGAGGACAAGGAAAAUACGCCGCCUUCUCUGAGUAGCACUCGGGUCUUAGCCAGUAAAACCGCCCGCAAGAUUCUGGUGGACGCCGAUGUAUCACUGAAAUCAGAAGAAACAGAUCACUCGAAUUUAAACGAUGAGCCUUUACUGAAAGAGAAUCCGCGCCGUUUUGUUAUCUUCCCCAUUCAAUACCACGACAUCUGGCGGAUGUAUAAAAAAGCAGAGGCAUCCUUUUGGACAGCAGAGGAAGUUGACCUUUCUAAAGAUCUCCAACACUGGGAAUCCCUGAAACCUGAAGAGAGACACUUCAUUUCUUAUGUACUGGCAUUCUUUGCAGCAAGUGACGGCAUUGUAAAUGAGAACUUGGUGGAACGUUUCAGUCAAGAAGUGCAAAUAACUGAAGCUCGUUGUUUCUAUGGAUUCCAAAUUGCUAUGGAAAAUAUUCACUCGGAAAUGUACAGUCUUCUUAUUGAUACUUACAUCAAGGAUCCUAAGGAGAGAGAGUAUCUGUUCAAUGCAAUUGAAACUUUACCUUGUGUGAAAAAGAAGGCUGACUGGGCACUGUGUUGGAUUGGUGACCGCCAAGCAACAUUUGGAGAACGAGUUGUAGCAUUUGCUGCUGUUGAAGGAAUAUUUUUCUCUGGCUCCUUUGCUGCCAUUUUUUGGUUGAAGAAACGAGGAUUAAUGCCUGGGCUAACAUUCUCCAAUGAGCUGAUCAGCCGAGAUGAGGGUCUACACUGUGAUUUUGCCUGUCUUAUGUUCAAGCACUUAGUGCAUAAACCUUCAGAAGAAAGGGUACGGGCAGUCAUUCGGGAUGCUGUCCAAAUUGAACAGGAAUUUCUGACAGAAUCUUUGCCAGUGAACCUGAUUGGGAUGAACUGCACCUUAAUGAAACGUUACAUUGAGUUUGUAGCUGACAGACUGAUGUUGGAACUGGGUUUUAGGAAGAUCUACAAAGCAGAGAAUCCAUUUGACUUCAUGGAGAAUAUCUCACUGGAAGGCAAAACCAACUUUUUUGAGAAGCGAGUUGGCGAGUACCAGAGAAUGGGUGUGAUGGCUAAUACAGCUGACAAUUCAUUCACACUGGAUGCUGACUUUUAAAAGGACCUAGAGAACUGCACAUGUUUCUCCGUACAGUUUUGCAGACAAAACUUGAGUAUGUAGUCCUGCAUACCACUGACUACAUUUGGCUAAUCGCCUAUAUGAUCUAUUUCAACUAGAAUUGCACUUGCUGUGAACAACAGGUUCCAAGAAAAAGGUGGAAGGUGUUUGCAUUACUUCUGAACAUUUUAGUGUGAAAUUGCACGGUUUACAACAGUCAACUACUACAUUGCAUUGGCAUUUUAGUGUAAUUUUUUUUGGUUGAGUCACUUGUUUCAGCAACCAUAUUGUUUCAUAAACAUUUGCAAUAGUUUUAAUGUACAUAUUUUAAUGACAAUGCACUUUCUAAAUAAAAUUCAAACUUUUUUAA